UAAUGGGAGGAGCUUUUGGAAAAAGGAAAGUUUAAAUAUUAGUAGUAGGUUUAGAUAAUUCAGGGAAAACAAGUAUUAUAAAUGCUUUGAAAAAUGAGAAAAAUGCAACAGUGGCACCCACAGUCGGUUUUAAUAAGGAUUCUGUAGAAAAAUUUAACUUAAACUUUUAAUUCUCUGAUAUGAGUGGAUAAAAUUAAUAUAGAGGUAUGUGGGAAUAGUAUGCAACAAAAGUAUUAAAAUUGAUAUAAAUAGAUUGAUGGACUUAUUUUUGUAAUUGAUUCAUCUGAUAAAAUCCGAUUUGGUAUUGCUCUUGAUGAAUUCAAAUUACUAUUAGAGACUUAAGGAUUCAAUAAAGAUCUUCCAAUUCUUGUGUAUGCUAAUAAAUAGGAUUCUCCAGAUGCAUAAAAUCCAUAAUUUUUUAUUGAUUAUUUCGAAUUGAAAAAGUAUAAGAAUCCUUCUUAAUGCUUUGGAGGAAGUGCUAAGACUGGAGUUGGUUUGGAUUAAGGACUUGAAUGGUUAAGUGCAAAGAUUUAGUAAGUAAAACCAAAAUGA